UUUUUUUCAGAUUAAUCUCUCUCUUUCUCAUCCCUCCAGUUCGGAGUCCACAGAGGAGAGAGAGAGAUGAAGGAGGGAUCGUCGUCGGGGGGAGGGGCGUUCGCUGGGGGCAGCGAUCCGAGGCAGCCGUCGACGGCGAAGCCGUACGCGCCGCCGAAGCUGUCACCCCAGGACCUGCCCAUCGACUAUGCGGGCUUCCUCGCCGUCGUCUUCGGCGUCGUCGGAGUCAUGCUCCGCUACAAGGUGUGCUCGUGGAUCGCGAUCAUCUUCUGUGCACAGUCGUUGGCAAACAUGAAGAACUUCGAGAAUGAUCUGAAACAGCUCUCCAUGGCCUUCAUGUUUGCUGUUAUGGGUCUGGUGACGAACUAUUUUGGCCCCCCUCGUCCAGGCAGCACAAAGCGCUAAUCUGUGGAAGAACACCAUGUGCCUCAUCCUUCAUAGGAUAUCUAGCCAAUCUUUUUGGUGCUUCGAUAGCUUUGCCAUCGGUGCUGACAUUUAUGUAUGUCCAAUUUGAGCAAACGUUAUAGGUAUGGACAUCAAAUUAAUGGACCGGUACAUGUAUAAUGCUCAAUAAUUUAUCUGUGCAGUACUAGUACACACUGUUUGAAAGAGUUUUUGGUGCCUCCGAUCAAUGCUUCCUAGACUUCGGUUCUA